AUGCUCUCGAAAAGGAAGAACUCGCAGAAGCCGAAUCAUGAUUUCAUUGAUCGCUUUCAAAACCUAUUCCCGGGAAUCGUUUCUCAGAGCGUGAACGAGAAGCCGCUCCGUGCGGAAGAGCAGGGUCUGGCUCCGGCGAGCAGCCAGGGUGAGAUAACAAACCGCCGUGCCACCUCUCCCAGUGAUGCUACCAACCAGGGCGCUCUUCCUGAUGGAAAUGACCUUAAUCUCACGUCUCCGUCCGAGGGGCUUGGCUCUUUCCCCCCGUUUUCUCAUGGCUUCCAGUUUCCUGGUUUAUACACCCCCAAAUUAGAUGGGAUGGGUAUAAUCUCUCAUAAUCGGGCUGGCGACCUGCAUACCCCAACAGGGAUGUAUAUGAAAAGGCCCUUUUCUCCUUCGAUCAGCAUGCAAACGCCUUCGCAAUACUUGCACCCCAUGGGAUUCGAGUCAUUUAACCCCCAAGUUUUCGGCAAUUACCUGGGCGCGAACAGUCUGGACAGACAACCCAUCGCGUGUGACCCGAGCCUAUUGAUGCACCGUGACAUGGCUCAUGAUGCCAUGGAAGUCCCUGCCAGUGGCUUGUCGUUUGAUGGAAGCAAGUUCGGAACAUCGUCUGGCACAACCCCAUCCAUGGACCCUUUGGCCUCACUCGGAGACCACGCUCCAUGUGUCUCGGGUGAAAGGCCCCGCUUCCAUACAUCACUAGACGCCCCGACGGCGAUGGUGAACACCCCCGAUGAAAUCCCAGUCACCUAUCUCAAUAAGGGUCAACCAUACAAGAUUUCAGUGACAGACUUGAACCCGCCUAUGAGCACCAGCGAACCCAUUCGGUAUAGAACAGUCAUCCGUGUUUCGUUCGAUGAAGAACAGCAAAGACUGGACCCCCCGGCGUCUUGGGGGAUCUGGAAAGAGGUGCGAGGAGUGAAUGAAGCCCCAAAGCGCGACGGAAAGCUGUUGGCCGUCGAAUUCGUGAAUCCCGAACAUGGCGCUGAGGCUCAUAUCCAUCGCCGUGUCCACCUCGAGAGCAAUUCCGUCGAUGCUUUCUGCGUCACUUGGGGGGCAAAGGACUCACCCAGCUGCGACAUGUUCCUGCGGUUCAAUUUUCUUUCAACCGACUUCAGCCAUUCCAAGGGUGUCAAGGGUGCUGCUGUUAGAAUAUGCGCGAAAACAGAGAUCCAAUCCCCGGCCGCUGAAUCAGGUCCACGUAGUAUAGAGUUUGCCUAUUGCAAGGCAAAGCUCUUCCGGGACCAUGGCGCUGAGCGAAAGCAUUCCCACGAUAUCACACAUGCCAACAAGACCAUUCGCAAGCUCAAGGACCAGAUUGCGGAGGCAGAGGUCAGCGGAGGCUUUGUCAAGCGCAGACGGCACAACGAAUCUGCUACUACCGCUGGGGAUUUUGAUCAGAACCAUAGUCAAAAGAAGAUUCCUUUGGUGGCCGAUCUUCGAUCAAAAUUAGCUCUUGCGCAAGGCGCGUUUUCAUCUACUCGCCCAGUGAGCGUCUUUGAUCUGCGCGGCGAUGAACUCGAUGAUCCUGAUUCGCACCCGAUCUGGAUAUCAAGUUCCGGCGAAUUCCUCGACUCCACGACGACAAAUCAUCCAAAUGCCUGUGAUUCACAGGCCGCGGCGUAUAUGGUUCCCACUCCGCCUAGCAGUCGCACUCCUUCGACACCGCAAACCCUACGCAACCUUGAGGCGACAACGAGCCCUACCGCCAACCUGAAUCAAGCGCCUAGCGUCCAAAUGGCAGGUGGUCCACUCCCAGUCGUGGGCAUUGACCCUACUUAUGUCCCCCCGUCCGAGAGUCCCUCUAAACCGAUCGCCUGUUUCUAUAUGCGGCUUGGUGGAGCUGGGCAACAAACACAAGAUUAUUACCGUGCACUUUAUUUGUCGGAGCGCACGACUUGUGCUCUGGCAGACCGCAUCGCGGAGAAAUACAAUGUCGACCGUACGCGUAUCGAUCACAUCAUUUACAUCAACGAAAAAGGCAUCCGCAUCAAAAUCGAUGAUGAUGUGGUCCGCCAAAUUCCAGAGGGUCAGGAUAUAGUUAUGGAAAUCAACCAAAUCCCAGGCUCCGGUGGCAGGCAAGGCGACGCGUUUGGGUCGGCCUUGGAGAUACAACUGACCUUUUAG